CCGGGGACGUGGACGAUGGAUACUCUGAGCCUGUCAGUGAACGCAGUGUCCUACACCGUGGCCGCGGAACUCCCCGCCACCGACGACCCCUUCAAUGGACCCAUCAAGAACAUCGCGCCGUGGAACUUCACCAUCCUGGCGGUGCUCAUGUUCGUGGUCACCUCGCUGUCCCUGAGCGAAAACUUCCUCGUCAUGUUCGUCACCUUCAAGUUCAAGCAGCUCAGACAGCCCCUGAACUACAUCAUAGUGAACCUGGCCAUCGCUGACUUUCUGGUCUCCCUCACCGGUGGAGUAAUAAGUUUCCUGACGAACUCCAGGGGUUAUUUCUUCCUGGGGAAGUGGGCUUGCGUCCUGGAGGGGUUUGCUGUGACUUUCUUCGGGAUCGUAGCCCUGUGGUCCCUGUCCGUUCUGUCCUUCGAGCGGUUUUUCGUGAUCUGCCGCCCCCUGGGGAACAUCCGGCUGCAAGCGAAGCACGCCAUCCUUGGUCUGCUGUUCGUCUGGACCUUCUCCUUCAUCUGGACCUUCCCUCCUGUGCUGGGCUGGAACAGAUACACCGUGAGCAAGAUUGGAACAACCUGUGAGCCUGACUGGUACUCAACCAACAUGACGGCUCACAGCUACAUCAUCACUUUCUUCACUACCUGUUUCAUUUUCCCUCUCGGAGUGAUAUUCUUCUGCUACGGGAAACUCCUCCGCAAGCUCAGGAAGGUGUCUCAUGGUCGUCUGGCCAGCGCCAAGAAGCCGGAGCGACAGGUGACCCGAAUGGUGGUGGUCAUGAUCGUUGCAUUCAUGGUGGGCUGGACGCCGUAUGCAGCCUUCGCUAUCCUGGUCACAGCUCAUCCCACCAUCCAACUCGAUCCCAGGCUGGCCUCCAUCCCUGCCUUCUUUUCCAAGACAGCCGCUGUCUACAACCCAAUCAUCUACGUCUUCAUGAACAAACAGUUCCGGAAGUGCCUAAUCCAGCUCUUCACUGGCAUGGGGACGAUACCCAACAGCAACAUGAACCAGACUUCUGAGCGACCAGGAAUUACAGCAGAGAGUCAAACGGGAGAAAUGUCAGCAAUCGCAGCCCGCAUCCCCUUGAGCGGCACUGCAUCACCCAGGUCUGACGAUUCCCCGACCGACUGCGGCUCGUUUGCCCAGCUGCCCAUCCCAGAGAACAAAGUGUGUCCAAUGUAACACACCCAAUAGGCGUUCUCUUACUGUCC